AGGCGGCGAAGGCGGCGCCACUGGAAGUGCGAGUGGGCCACUCUUGGAGCAUCGCCCAGAAUCGGGGUGAAGGUCCACGACGCAUGCCGCUCGAAGACUUCCUCGUGGAGGGAAUGGAUGAAGGUCUUUAUGAUGAGGAGACCUUCCUGGAGCCGAUCUAUGCCUUUGAUAUGGGCCUCCAGCUACCGGGCCUGCCACGCAUCGAACUCCCCAAGGCCAUCCGAAGCUUGAAGACUUCUUUGACCCAAAGCGAUGCGGCGGAGACCGUGAGCAUGCUGGGCGGCCCCCGCAGCGCCGUGGGAUGGCAUACGCAUGGCGCGAGUCUGCAGAUGAUCCUUCAUGGAAGGAAACGCUGGUUCUUCUAUCCCUUGAACCAUUAUCCGCCGGGCGACGGGCCGGGCGGCGGCUUCUCCUUGACCGAUUGGAUCCAGCUGGUUUACCCCACGCUCAGUGCUGACCAGAGGCCCUUGGAAUGUGUGGUGCAUGCUGGAGAUAUCGUCUAUGUGCCCGACGGUUGGUACCACGCCGUGGUGAACUUGGCAGACACCGUGGCGGUGAGUUACCAGAGCAGAGAGAUGCAGCCUGAGGCGCAGCAUGUCUUCAAGAGCUUCUCGCUGCCCAUGGCCGAAAGCCUUUGGCGCGAAAAUCCUGAAGCCAUCGAGGACAUCGCCUCAGCGGCCCAGGACUAUCUCAUGAAAGGCCUUCGGAAUGAUCUUCAUGCUCGGCGCGCGCUCUACUACUGCAUGAUGUUCAUGGACCCGGAGAAAGCGGUCGAGGUGAUCUUGGAAGGCAUCCGCAAAGAUCCCUACCACAUUCCGAUGCAAUUCGAGUUGGCAAGUUGGCUGAGUCGCCGGCUGAAGGCUGGAGAGGAGGGCCUUCUGGACUUAGUGGGAGAACUCCUGGCAGAGUGGGAGCCAUACCUGGUGGCCAAUCGCCGAAACCAGAAAGCCCUGUGGAUCCUGAACAAGUUCCAUCGUGCGCUGGGAGAUGAAGGCCGGGCAGAUGAGUAUUUUGAGCGGCUGGUGACCCUGAACGAGAAGGGCAUCGAUCGGUGAAAAAGUUCCGAUCGGAACGUAGCGUGAGUUAGGGACGGAUCGGCGCGAAUUGGAAGGGGCAUAUCAGAC